GGCGAAGCAUCCAACACCAUCCUGCUUUGGCCCUGGCCUGUCUGCCGUCGGGUCUGUUGUCGAUCAAGCCGGCGACCGACCUGGUUGGCGCUGCAGUUGGCCUGUCAACGAGAGCUGCAUCGGAGCAAUGGACUCAUCCAGCGCUCAGCCCACCAAGCCUGUCUUUGGCGGCAUCCCUUUCGACUCCGAGGAGCAGGUCUCCAUCAAUGCCAACCUACAGCGGUACCUGGGUCCCGAAUAUGUGAGCCAGCGGAGCGGCCCCGGCAGCAUGAAGUUGAAUUACCUCGAGGGGUGGAAGGCCAUAUCGAUCGCCAACGAGAUAUUUGGUUUCAACGGCUGGUCCUACAACAUCGUCAACAUGAGUGUGGAUUUUAUGGACAUGGUCGAUGGCCGGAUAUCGGUUGGCGUCUCGGCGGUCGUCCGGGUGACCUUGAGGGAUGGAACUUUCCACGAGGAUGUCGGCUUUGGCUCUACUGACAACGCCAGGACCAAGACCGCUGCAUUCGAGAAAGUCAGGAAGGAGGCCGUUACCGACGGCCUGAAGCGGGCUCUGCGGGGCUUUGGAAACUGCCUGGGCAACUGCCUGCACGACAAGGAGUACUUGAAGAAGGUCAAAGGAGUCAAGUCCGUUGGGCUCCGGGCAAUCGACUUGAACGAUCUCUAUCGCUCCCCCGAGAACCGCCACCUCCUCACCGGCGGUGCAUCAAGCUCGACAACAUUCCAGCUCGCGCCUCAGGCAGCCUCGUUCAAUCGGGGUCCAGCAGGCAUAAUGCCCCCAAUUCCUAGAGUCCUGAAUCCGGCACCAAGACCCACCUUUGCAGCGCCGCAGCCACCGAGGUCUCCUGCUGGCUCGGUCGCAAAUAUCCCAGGCCAGGUCGAUGAUAUGUUUGAUCCUGGACUGGACUGGGAUGCCGAUCUCGUUACCGAAACGAUGUAUCAACUUGACGAAUCAACUAUACCAUCGUUUGUAGCGGCUGCCGUGGAGCCGUACAACGCCUCGAAUACGAUCCCGAACGCAGUGGGCAGAAAUCCAGCACAAGCCCACAACCAACGCACACUUGCCCAAGCGCAAGUCCGGCAAAACAUGCCAUCCGUCCAGCCUGGCGAGUACAAUGGCAACAAUAACUUUAGGCUCAUGGCCCAACCAAGACCGAUCUCAACCGGCACCCAGGACUGGGCACAGCGCGAGAGCCCCCAGGCGCAGCGGCCGCUGGGAUACAACCCAGCGGCUCGCAACUCAUCCUUUGGCCAAGUGCCCCAGCGACAGCCCACCCCAAGCUUUUCCCACGCAGAACCGCGCUUGACUGACACUUCCAUACCAAGAGCCACUUCAGCGCAGCCUUAUGAGCGAUUCGCUCCGCAAAACUCUCCUUCGAUAUCUCCAGCGAGGGUAAGCAUGGUCAACCAUCAAUCUGCACCAUCGCCUCUGCUGCAGCGAGCGCAGGGCCCUACCGUACCUGCCUCCAGUGCUGGCGGCAAUUUUUCGCCUGGCACCAAGCGGAAACUGGGGCCAGGCGAGAAUCGCAUCCCAGGCAACAUCCCAUCCAUUAUGGCUCCACCGGUACACGAGCUGUCACGAAGCCACAGUCCAUCAUUCAACCCAAACGCUCGGGGCUUGGUGCCGGCAUCGCAAGGAUCCAGUUCGAGUGUAUGCUCGGGCGGUAGCAACGCUCCCGUUCCCAAUCACCAAUGGCAGCAGAUGGGCACCAAACGGCAAAAGCCAGACGCGAUGGGACACGAACAUCCGUGAGAGAAUGAGGAUGUGCAUCUGUGCCAGUGAGAAAUGCAAAGUCAAAGUGCUCAAAAGAUGCCGUUACACUGUAUUCAGGGGGAAACGGGGCACCCCGGAUAUUGGUCGUUGAACAAAUGCUUUGUUGCCUCAAAACAUCGCGCUGGCCAUGGCCGUUCCCUCUUGCGAUACAUUCGCCAUGUGUUCGAUGGAGACAUGCUGGACAAACAGCUG